ACUCAGAGCGUGUGGUUAGCCUGACUAGGCAGUGCCUUAGGCUUGGGAUACAUCCACGUGUCUGGAAAACAGCCAAGGGAGUUCUACUGAGAAAGAACGGUAAAACCAACUACACACUGGCUAGUGCGUAUCGAGUGAUAAGCCUAUUGAAGUGCCUAGGCAAGGCAAAUGGGAAGCUGGCUGCAGCUCUAUUUAUGGAUAUUGAGGGGGCCUUUGACCAUGUCAUCCUAGCAAAACUGGUAGAGGGCUCUCCAGUGUCACCUAUUCUCUUUGUUCUAUACGUUCAUGGGCUAUCAAGAGCCAUUGAGAGGAGUGUGCUAGAGGUUCGAUGUCUGUCCUUUGUGGAUGACCAAGGCCUGAUAACAGCCGCAAGCUCAGUGAAGGAGGCUUGUAGGAUCCUCGAGAAAGCUGCGGAAGUAGCCAUCAAGUGGGGGAUGACACAGACGUCAAGUGGCCCAAAACGUAUCUCGAGCCCGGAUCAGGGUUGGAGGCGAGUUAGCAACUGUCAAAUCUACACAUUAGUGAGGCGCAUACAGAAGGCUACAGUGCAAGCCCAAUUGCUAUGGGGUGCCGAGAUAUGGUGGCAAGGCCAGAAAACAUGGGCACAAAGGAUCCAGAUUCUGAUCAAUAAGCAAGCCAGAGGUAUUACGGGCAUGUUCCCAAAAACCCCAAUCGGAGCCCUAAUCAGAGAGGCAGCGUUAGAGCUAGCGACAGUCUUACUGGACGCUAGAGUAGCUCGAUAUACAGCGAGGCUACUAGCUCUGCCUGACACGCAUCCUACAGCGCAGAUACUUCCAGUCACCCUCAGACAUGGUGACCUUCACGCACAACCUGGAGAGCAACCACGGGACGACCGGGAAUGGGCCUCUAGAGACAACAAG